GUCUUCAGCCGUGGAAAUACCACAUCAAACCUCGGGUCCGCACGUGGGUAGUGGAACGGCAGGCACUACCUUGUUCAAUAGGAUGAAUACGUCGACAAACAGCAGCACCCAUUUUUUUUGUAGAGCAGGUACUACUGCGUCGCAGGGAUCUUCGAGCGGAGGACUGCAGGAGGCGAAUCCAAGUAUCAACAAACUUGCAGCGCACCAUGGCGAGACGCCAAGGGAGGAGGCGUUGAAACAGCUAACCGCAACUUACGAGGCAGAUGUGCAACAGCAGGAAAACGCAAGAGAGGAAAUUAGUGUUAAGGGCAGGUUCUAGCGUCUGUCUUUGUUUUCCCCUUCGUUGUUCCUGUUAUUUUUUCUAGCGCUGGUUUCUUUUCUUGCCUGUGCCUCUCUCUUCUAAGGGACGAGAAAAGCAGUAGAACAAACGGGAAACAGAACGCUUCUUCUUUUUUUUUUUUCCUACCUCUAAUAGUCACAUCAUAGGAGGAGGCAAAAGUAAACAAAAGAAAAAACCGAAGCCAACCUCUGGGUCGUCCAGUACUGGAACACCAGGGCCUGGAGGUGUGCCUAGCAGUUUGCAAGGUGUCGGUGGGUCUUCUGGGAGUUCGUUGCCAACAACUAGCAGUACGGGAGCUGCAUCGCAACAAGGAAUAGGUGAGAAUAGCUCAGGAGGUGUUCAUGGCGAGAAUUCAAAUCCAAAUCCAAUACCUAGUGGUAGAAGUGCAUCUACAACAGAUCCUUCUAGCACGACGCAGCAGAACGAAAUCGGAGGAGGACAAUCCAAACCUUCCUCAGGGGCAGAAGGAGUAGGAAGAACAUCAGCAACGUUGUCUCCCCUAGGCCAGAUGCGAGGGCUGAGUCCAGUAAGAGAAGACGGCAAACAAGGAGCUUCCACAUCACCUAUAGAAAUGCUGCAGGAGAGGUCGAAGUCUUUUAAUAGCACUAAUCAGAAUAUCAGAUCAGUGGAUAUUAAUCGUCCAAGUCGUGGUUCCCCUUUUCUUGGUACGCCAGAUUUGUCAAAUACAUCUGGUGAUGUACUAAACGAUAUUGAUGCUAGUCGAGGCACGGUUUCCACCGCGGAUAGACGGGUGGUGGAGCAGCUGCUGACCCCCGAUGGUGCUGGUGGUGAGACUGGUAAGUCAAUCGGAGCAAGCAGUCGUGAAGGAGCAGUAGCAGAUAGAAGCAACAUGACUGGUGGCGAAGCGACGACAUCAGGAUUAGAUAAGGCUUCCACUUCUUCUAUUCCUGGUGUAAAGGACGCUAUGGAUACAACCAAAGCAGAUGGUGCGAGUCCAUCCUCGGCUAGUGCAGAAAUGAAGACCUCAGACAAAGGAACUUCUAAGAAAGAAGAAGACUCGUUGCAGGAGGCAGAUCCUCGGGAGAAUGCCCGUCUCAAGGGUCUCGCACCAGUGCAGGUUGAAGCAGUUCCAUUGUCGAAAAAUAACUCCACGUCGACCGGAGACUCGACAACGCCAACCUCUGGGUGGAAUGUAGCUGAUGGAGAAGAGAAGAGCACAACAACUACAAGCUCUGGUACGGAUGCGAAGAUAAGCAGUGCAUCAACAACGAUGGAUAAGGCCAACACUACUCCUAACACUAGUGACGGCCCGGCAGCACUAGGAGGUGCUUCCAAGUCGUCCACUGGCAGCAGCAAGCCGCCAUUGCAACGGGCUGCGUCCGAAAAGCCUGGUUCCUUACCUGAUGGAUCGAGCUUCGUUUCAGGUCAGCCCAGAGGUGGAGACGCGAAGAACAAACGGGAUUACAGAUUUCAAGGUGAGGAUUGGUUCCCAAACAGAACCGAUAGAACGAAAUCUCAAGUCCGCUCUCGGGUUUACGUCACCAGUGCUAGCACCAUGCACACUUUUCUCAACGUCUUAGCCUAUUUCCGUCCUGAAUCUGGAGUUGGCGCACCGACGUUUGCGGCAGAUAGUUGCACUUGGGGCGAGGACGAGAUUUUUUACGAUUGGAGUGUCUUGAAAGACAUCACAGACUUGUCCUACAUGUCUCACUUAGUGAUCCGUUGUUUCGAGAAAGUGAGCGAUCAAGGUGGACCUGCGUCUUGGGUCCCUGUCGGGGAAGCGCCGGACGAGGUGAGCGAGCUGAAGAGGUAUAGGGUAGAAGUCCUAGUGAGUUUCGGAGUGUCCAUGUUGAGCAAUCCAGUGAUCACGUCGGAAGAGCAGAUGGGAAUGGAGAAUGGGGAACAAGAAGGUGCCAACACUGUACUAGUGUGUAGUACUGGUAAAAACAGCACUGGCGUAGGUAGCAGUGAUGGAAAACAACUCAUGGAGACUGCUGCCAGCGCAACGACGCAUACCGUGACGGACCAGACAUCGCGGAGGAUUAUUGAGCUGUGCGAGAACCCUGAUGGGAAACUAGUACGCAAAGAGCACCAAGUAAUCGCGCCAUUGAAGCUCAUAAUGCGUGUGCCCUUAGACUACUUCGAUGCACUGGUGCAUGAGGUGCUGAAGAGCGUACAGCGGACGCGAUAGAAAUCGGGAAAACACGGACAUUUUAUCUAAGAAUUCUAGGGUAUUAAGGGUUGUAAUGUCGGAGUAUAGAGAUAAGAUCUUUGCUACUGGAAAAAAACACUGAAGUUCAAUUUAUAUAUUAGCUUGUAUAUCUUUCAUCUAUCUUCCUCUGGUCUUUCUUUUUCUAUCUUCCUCUGGUCUCUCUUUUUUCUAGUUUGGCCUGCUCCACCAACUUUAUUUCCUUAAAUAUACUCAAGAAAUUGAAAAUGAGAUGAUGAUACUAACAACCAUUUUUUACUGAAUGCUGAAUAGUCUUUCUGAUUUUGCUGUGUUAUACUCGUUGGUAUUUCCUUAGCGUGCUGUUUGUUUUUCUGUGUUUGAUGAUCAUGUUCUUACCGAAUAUAAAUGUCAAUGAAAGUCUUGGGUUACUUGUUCCUAAUAUCGACAGUUACGCACUGCACAACUGCCUGCAUGAAUGUCUCCACUCAUUUGCCUAUAACAUUGUACACUCAAAACCGCGGUAACUACGCCACAUGGACACACACUGUAGGACAGGUCGAACCUACGCGACUGUGUCUCUCACCUCUGACACCGAUGAAGAAAUGACAACGAUUUUCAGGCUCUAGAAGUCGAUAUGAAACAAGUAGAUGACUACGAGAUCCGCC